AUGUGGAUACCUGUGGCCCUUCUCUGCUUCCUGGCCUCUCUGGCCAGCUCCCGCAAUGUACCUGCCUUUACUCCACUGUCCAAAGACAUGGUCAACUACAUCAAUAAGCUGAACACCACGUGGAAGGCAGGACCCAACUUUGAUGAGACAGAUAUAAAACAUGUGACAAACUGUGUGGAUCUGUCAUUGAACAUGAGCAUAAACAUGGACUUCAGGUACAGCUUUUCUGACCAUAUGGUCCUACCAGACCAGUUUGACUCUCGGGUAGCUUGGCCAAACUGUCCCACUAUUAGGGAGGUUAGAGACCAGGGUUCAUGUGGCUCUUGCUGGGCUUUUGGGGCCGUGGAAGCAAUAUCUGACCGCAUUUGUGCGCACUCCAAUGGGAAGGUGAAUGUGGAGGUGUCUGCUGAGGAUCUGCUUUCCUGCUGUGGGUCUGAGUGUGGUUCAGGCUGUAAUGGAGGAUAUCCAUCUGGAGCCUGGAAAUACUGGACUGAGACAGGUCUUGUGUCUGGGGGAUUGUUUGACUCCCAUAUUGGCUGUAGGCCAUACACAAUCCCUCCCUGUGAGCACCACGUCAAUGGCUCCCGCCCAUCCUGUAAGGGAGAGCAUGGAGACACUCCAGAAUGUUUGAAAAAAUGUGAGGCUGGCUAUGGACCAGACUACAGUUCUGAUAAACACUAUGGUGUAGAUGCCUACAGUGUUGACAGCAACCAAAAUGAGAUCAUGGCUGAGAUUUACAAGAAUGGCCCAGUAGAGGGUGCCUUCACGGUGUAUGAAGACUUCCCUACUUACAGAUCUGGUGUCUAUCAGCAUGUGACUGGAGGGGAAAUUGGUGGCCACGCUAUUAAAGUAAUUGGCUGGGGAGUGGAAAAGGGAACUCCAUACUGGCUUUGUGUCAACUCCUGGAAUACAGACUGGGGUGAUAACGGCUUAUUCAAGAUUCUGCGUGGGCAAGAUCAUUGUGGAAUAGAGUCUGAUAUAGUUUUGCUGGAGUGCCCAAAGAUUAAUCUCAUACUGGUCCCUUUAUCAUAG